UGACCCAAUGCAACAUCAUCUCUCCGACAUUCUGUUCCAAAGAAGGUAUUCCUUAAAAUGGAGUCUACCGGAAAAAUGAAGAAGGGUGCCGCCGGCAGAAGGGGAGGAGGCCCAAAGAAGAAGCCUGUUUCCCGGUCUGUUAAAGCCGGUCUUCAGUUCCCCGUUGGAAGAAUAGGAAGGUUUUUGAAAAAAGGCCGAUACGCUCAACGUGUUGGUUCUGGUGCUCCCGUAUACUUGGCCGCCGUUCUUGAAUAUUUGGCUGCUGAAGUGUUGGAGUUGGCUGGAAAUGCUGCUCGUGACAACAAGAAGAACAGAAUCAUCCCAAGACACUUGCUUUUGGCUGUGAGGAAUGAUGAAGAGCUUGGGAAACUUCUUGCUGGUGUAACAAUUGCACAUGGUGGUGUUCUUCCAAACAUCAACCCAAUUUUGUUGCCAAAGAAGACUGGAGGUGAAAAGGCCCCAAAAUCUCCUAAGAAAGCUUAGAUUCUUUGUGUAUGUUAGAAGCUGUUGAUGGAUAUUAUUAAGUUGUUAGAUCAAUCAAUGAAACCCCUUGUUUCGACUUUACAAUUUCAUUUCUAGAUGCUCUAUGUUCUAUCAUGGUGUUUGUUCAGAUGUGAGAUGUUGGGCAUUGGUCUAUCAGAUUUCUUAUGAAAAAGAAAUUAAUGAAGCAUAGACACUUUGUUAUUCUA